GUCCCACCAUUGUCUUUGGCUUUCCCAUAAUUUAAAUUAAUUUAAACAUUUUUUUUAAAAAAAAGAUACCUACAACUCCACUCUUCAAUUUCCCAAAGUUCCUUUUUUUUCAUGUAUACUUUGAAAUGUCCCAUUAGAAAUUAAACAGCACCAUAUUUUGUCUUUGAUGAAGUCCUAUCACUAGUUUUAAUUUACUACAACAAGUCAACAACUAGAAGAUCAAGCUGGAAAAUGUUAGUAAAUCUGUUUUAAUUGAUCACUAGAUAGUGUUAAUAGGUUGUUAAGAUUUAACCAAAGAUGCAAACACCAAGAUUCAAUCUUGAAGUUGAGGCCUUGUUUGAAGAUGAUUCCGAUAUUACUAGCCAAGUCGCGUCUAACAUAUGCGCGGGUGAAACAUUCACGGAUCCUUCCAAGAACAGAGUUAUAGAUUUCACUCAGUUGAGUUCAGAACCUGUUUCACUUGAUUUGUCUCUUAGCCAGGAUUCGAUAGGCGGUUUUUCAGUAUCCAGCACAAGUGAAAGCAGCAAUGAACUUGCAACUACACAAAUUUCGGUAUCAGGUCCGGGAUUUCAACGAGUUUUUAGUUGCAAUUUCUGCCAGAGGAAAUUCUACAGUUCACAGGCACUUGGUGGACACCAGAAUGCACAUAAAAGAGAACGAACACUAGCGAAACGUGCUCUGAGAAUGGGUGUAUUCUCAGAAAGGUAUGCUAAUUUGGCGUCUUUGCCUUUACACGGAUCUACAAUAAGGUCUUUAGGGAUCAAAGCACAUUCUUCACUACACCAUGUGUCUGCACCAGCAAUUAGGCCACUCGAUUUUAAAACAAGCGCCAGAUUUGAGUGUGGUAAUCGCCAGAGUCCACCUUUGUACAUGGAAAAUGAUGAUGCUGAUCAAUUAGUACUAUGGCCUGGCAGUUUCCGUCAAGUGACCAAUCCCGGUAUAUCUCAUACUAACUUUUCUCUUGCUGGAUGUUCGAAUGUGACAUUGGCUCCAUACGUUGAAAAAGACGAACCAAUUGCACCAGAUCUCACCCUGAGGCUUUGAGAUAUUUGACAGCAAAUAGCCAAACAUCAUUUAGCUUUCUUAUUUUUAUCUGUACAGUGAGAUAUAUUGUCCUAUGUGUGGAUACUAUGCACAAUGCCUACUCAGGCCCUAUAUUGCUAGGACUCUUCAAACAUGUCGUCAGGUGCUUGUCGGAUCCUCCAAAAAUAGUUCAAUUUUUGAGGAUCCGAUGAGGGCUGCUGCAACAUUUUUGGCGAGUCUGAACAACAUAGCUUGGGCCAGUGUGAUUCAAACAUUAUAUGAUUGUUUUACAAUUUAAAUGUAUUAGUUAUGACUUGAAAACGGUUACCAUACUUUGUAUUUCCUCCUUAUAAGAUUGCAUUACUUUUUAUGUAUCGAUAACUAUAACUAUGUGU